GUAGCACCACGCACAUGCUUUCUCUGCCUGCACAUGUGCCUUCAGGCUUUUGGUAGGUAGCUGUUUGUUUUUUUUUCCACGCUAACUCACUUCAGCAACUUCAACGAGAGAUUCAUUAACACGAGGAUUAUGGAACUGAACCAGGCAGCAACAUGUCCGAUACCAAGGAGCAGGAUAAUGUGGUAGAGGUAAAGCCUGAUGAUUCCGUGUCGAAGUACGAGCCAGAUGAACGGGACGAACAGGCCCAGAGUUACCACCCAUGGCCUUACUUGAAGGAAAUGUUCACGCUAGUUGGCUCAAAAAAGGAUUCAUGGCGAAUGAACUGUGUCCUGUGCAGACCCAAAGUCAGAGAGCUUCUCGCUUACAAGAAUUCUCCGUCAAAUUUGAAAAAGCACAUAGAGAGAAAGCACAAAAACCACAUGGAGAAAUACUUGAAAUUAACUUCCAUCAAAAGGAAAUCCUCUGAGCCAGAGGAAGGUCAAGGUCCCGCUGCCAAGCAGGUUAAACUCUGGGAAACCAAGAAAGUCUCACAGAAGAGUGUGGAUGAUGCCAUCAUCAGCUUUGUCAUCCAAGGCUUGCAACCUCUGAGUGUCGUGGAACAACCAGGCUUCAAAGACCUUGUACAGCACCUGCAGCCAGGGGUCAGUGUCAUCUGCCGGGGUACCGUCAAAAACAGAGUGGUUAAAGCUACCCAAGACAUGAAGAAGAAUCUGAAGGCUGCAAUGUCCAAGGUACAGUUUAUCGCUACAACAACAGACUGCUGGACAGCACACAGAAGAUCAUUCCUAGGUGUCACGGCCCAUUGGUUGGACCCUCUGACGAUGAGACGAUGCUCUGCUGCUCUAGCAUGCUGUCAGUUAGAAGGAUCUCAUACCUUUGCAGUACUCGCUGGUGCCCUGAAUAACAUACACACGGAAUACAACAUCCGGGCGAAGGUAGUGUGUACAACCACUGACAAUGGCUCCAAUUUCAUAAAAGCAUUUAAAGUGUAUGGACAAGAUGAAAACAACAACACAGGAGGACCACUCCAGGGGGCAAGUCAAACCAGAGAAGAGAGCAGUGAUGAGGAAGAAGGCAAACCUGUGGAGAUUGUUGACGCUGGAGGUAUAUUGGAUGAAGAUGAUGGCCUGGAGUAUCAGCUGCCAAAGCAUCAUCGCUGUGCCUGCCACCUUCUCAACCUGGUUGCAACAGUUGAUCUCUCUGCAGCAGAUGCUGAUCCAGUCUAUAAGAGGGUCUCUCGCUCAGCAUUUGCAAAGUGCCACAGUCUAUGGAACAAGACCAGUAGAUCCACCCAGGCUGCAGAGAUCAUCGCAAAAAAAUGCAAACUGCAACUUGUGAGGCCAGUCGAGACGAGAUGGAAUUCUCUCUUCUUCGCUGUGGAGAGGCUCGGAAGAAUCAUAAACGAACAAGGAGAAGAAGCCAUCGCAUCUGUUUGCAGUGCACUAAAAAUCCCCAUGUUGACUCAAGCGGAGAUUGCGUUUCUGAGAGAAUACGCCAAGACCAUGAAACCAGUUGCGAAGGCCGUCAAUAUCCUACAGGGAGAGGCCAACGUGCAGAUGGGAUGGCUUGUGCCUACAAUAACACUGCUCAAGGCUAAGCUCGAACAGUUCCACAUCUCCUCCAAGUACUGUGGGCCAUUGUUGGACGCACUACAAGCAGGACUUGAAAAGCGUUUUGGACAGAUGCUUGGUGAUCCAGAGCUAAUUGCAGCAGCAAUUCUGGUCCCCAAGUUCAGGACGACCUGGACAUGUAACGAAGAGAUCCUAAAAAGUGGCCUUGACUACAUCAAAAGCCAUCUGAAGGAUCAACCCACAGUGCAUUCAGGUAACACUCCCCAGUCUUCAGAUGAGGACGACUUCUUUUCCACCAUCAAGAAGGGUAAAGCACAUGAAAACACCAAAGAGCUCGAGUCCUACCUGGCCAACCCAGAUGAUGACAUGGAUGUCCUCAAAUCUUACCCAGCAUUCCAAAAUAUCUGGGACACUUACGCUCCACUCCUUGAUGUGGUGACGGUUGAAGGAGAUUACGGAGACGUGGUGAACAUCAGAUACAACAAGGUGCAUUACCUUCCCCUGUCAAAGAGUUACAUCAAGAGUAUUCGCAUCAAGAUUAAAACGGAUCGUGACAGACCUGUAGAUUUUAUCCCUCUGCUGAAGAAAGGUUUCGCCAUUGCUAAACCUCAUCUUAAAUCAGCUGCAAAAAAUAUAGCCUCGGACAUUGUUAGCCGGACCGUAGGGAAGAUGAUGGAGCCCAGGGAUCAGGAGGGUGCCGGCAGUAUCAUGGUCUUAUCCCACAGACUAAAGAGGCAACCGCCAGGGGAGCGCGUUUCCACUGCAUACUCUAAAAUGCGCAGGACGCUAGCAAAGAGAAAAUCAGUCGGAGGAGGCGGUCGUAAGGGGCGGAAGUCCUCCCGCAGCACCGAAAUAUUUUAA